UUUCAAUUACCUCACCUCUUAUCAAUUCUUUCACUUCUGGGCUGGUCUUUGCAGCAGCCUUUCUCUCUCUGCCUGAAUUUCGCCAGUUUCAGACACCAAGACAGCAUUUUUAAUUUUCCCGUGACAUGUCCAUGAUGAUGCCGACAGCAGCAAUGUCUCACCACACCAACGGCAAUUCAGUCGUCCGCCAUUACCCGACGCGCCUCCACCGUCUGAUCGAGGAGGAGGGGAUCGUUAUGCUGCCGGGGAUCUACGACGGCCUCUCCGCCGCCAUUAUUCAGGACACCGGAUUCUCCGCCGGCUUCAUCUCCGGCUACUCCGUCUCCGCCUCCUACCUCGGGAAGCCGGACAUUGGAUUGCUGACGCCGCCGGAGAUGGCCGCCGCUGCUCGAACUAUUUGCAGCGCUGCGCCGGAAAUCCCCAUUGUUGCCGACGCCGACACCGGCGGUGGCAACGCCCUUAACGUUCACAGGACCGUUAAGGAUUUGAUAGCUGCAGGUGCAGCUGGCUGUUUCUUGGAGGACCAAGCAUGGCCCAAGAAAUGUGGUCACAUGGGUGGAAAACAGGUCAUCCCUGCGGAAGAACACGCCGCGAAAAUCCGGGCAGCCCGCAACGCCAUCGGCGAUGCCGACUUCUUCCUAGUGGCCCGAACCGAUGCUCGGGGAACGUCCGAGAAACACGGCCUCGCGGACGCGAUCGCGCGCGCCAACCUUUACUAUGAUGCCGGAGCGGAUGCGUGCUUCGUCGAGGCCCCGCGUAACGAGGACGAGCUUAGGGAAAUCGCGCAGAAAACUAAAGGGUACCGCGUGUGCAACAUGAUCGAAGGCGGCGUGACGCCGCUGUACACGGCGGAGGAGUUUAAGGCAAUGGGUUUCCACUUGAUGGUCCAUUCGCUAACGUCGAUCUACGCAGCUGCGCGGGCGAUGAAGGAGUCGAUGAAAACACUUAAAGAGUAUGGAACUACAAGGGAUCAUUUACACAAGCUGGCUACAUUCAAAGAAUUCAAUCAGCUUGUCGGAAUCGAGUCGUGGGUCAACGUCGAAAAGCAGGCUACUGCCAAGAACUUCAAGCUCCACACUAACACCAACGGAUCGGCUUAGUGAUCUGCAACACGGCCGUGUUCGUUUGCAUACUAUUUAUUUAUAUAUGCUGAUGUUUGUUUGUUUAUAUUCUUGAUUUCGAUUUUAUGAGUUCUGAGAAAGUGUCUUCACCGUGAUUGGUGAAUAUGUAUUAUUGUCUAGAGUUGGUGUAUUCAGCAUUCAGUUACAUAUCCUUAUAUUUAACUUGUUUUCGUGUUUGUUUGUAACAAAGUAAGGAAUAAAAGGUGGGUACCUUUAAUCUUCUGUCA